AUGGCCGAUACAGUAACCUUCGGAUCCAUCAGCCAUGGCCAGAUGUCGUUCCAUAACUGGCUGAUCCAAUCGCGAUACGUGAACGGCGAGGAUGACGCGCAGGGGAGGCGGAGGAAGGGCAAGGCGCGCAGCACCAAGGGGGAAGAGCACGACCCGCGCAACGCCCAGGCGCAUUCUCACGCCGUGAUCGCCUCGUCUCUCAUGCUACCACCAGACGCUCUGCCGCUGUCAGGCAAGCGCAAGGCGCGGCGGUGGGUGAACGAGAGGCUGCUCAAGGACAUGGCGGGGCCGCUUACUGGCCCUGACGUCACCUCGCUCUACGCACCGCCACCUUGGGGAGAGAAAACGGAGCGGCCAGUGCUGGAGCGGCUGUCAGAUGUGGCUGUCGCCACGCCCUUUGAGGCCUUCGUGUGCCAGCAGUACCUUGCAGGGGCGACAUUUAACAAGCUGCCGUCCCGCAAGGCCAGGAGCAAGCAGUCUCGGGAGCAGGCUAGCAGCAGCACCCAGCAUCCAGCGGCAGCAGCAGGAGGGGGAGCAGGAGCAGCGGUGGCGGCAUCACAGGCAGCAUGGAGGCGCGUGCCGGAGGCAGCUAGAGGGGCCAUGCGGCGCGCUGCAGGCUGGGUGGUGGUGGGGACGAUUGAGGCUCUGCUGGUUGCGUUCCUGCAACCGCCACCUGCUGCUGCUGCUGCUGCUGCCACCACUGUUGCCACGAGCAGCACAGUGGACGAAUCUUGCAGUGGCAGGGGAGAGCUGAGCAGUGAGGAUGGCAGGGGGGACGGCAGCAGCACUGUGUCGUGCACAGCAGGCGUUUCUGGGGAUGGUGGAAUGGAUGGACAACAGCAGCAACAGAUGGAAAUGGCGCAGGUGGAGGGUGGAGAGGGGGUGCAGGAAGGGAGUGGAAGCGGGAUUGGGAGUGUGUUGCCGGAGUGGUGUGUUCAGGCGGCAUGGGGUGACGUGGAGAGUGCAUUGGAGGCACAUGGAGGGAAGUUGAAGGGGGGCGUGAGGGGCGGUGCAGGGGCAGCAGAGGGGGAGGCAGAAAGGGGUGGUGCGGGGAGGGGAGGGGAGGGGCGGCAGGUGCUGGUGUUUGCAGCAGACGAUGCCUUUUUGAGACUGCUGCUGCAUGGCAUGUGCCAGGUGGGUGGGUGGUGCACGGCAUGUGCCAGGUGGGUGGGUGGUGCAUGGUAUGUGCUAGCUGGGUAA